GCUAAUUUUGCGGCACAACACCUUACCCUCUGAUGAACUAUUCGUGAUUGAGUGUAAAAUGCUCAAGGUGGCUGAUGCUAGCCAGCCACUUGAUGGUCUCAUUGACCUGGUCUUGCUGGACAUGCCACGCACCGAGAUCUAUGGAUACAUGCUUGGUUUGUUCGAGCGGCUGGAUCUCUGUAAAGCAAUAGGAAUCACAUCUUCUGAAUUAUUGGAUUUCCUAAUUGAUGUCGACAGAGGCUACCUUCCGAAUGCCUACCAUUCGUUCUAUCAUGCUGCUGAUGUUACAAUUGUUCUGUUUGCCAUGCUCUCCGAUUACGACGCCAAGCAAUAUCUCACGUCUGUGGACAUGGCAUCUCUCCUGAUCGCUGCCCUCUGCCAUGACAUUGGCCACCCUGGAAAAAACAACAACUUCCAAGUCAAUAUUCAGACGGACCUUGCCAAGCGAUACAAUAACAAGUCAGUCCUCGAGUGCUAUUCCUGCACCCUCACGAUGGACCUAUUGACAAAACACCAAUUGCUCCAGCACAUAGAAGAAGCCAGUGCAAACACCGGGACACCGACUACCGAAGCAGAGGCACGUAUAUCAAUUAUUAAGAUGAUUUUGGCAACCGAUAUGAUCUUUCACUACGAACUUCAAGAGAAUUUGGCUGGUCUUGCAAAUGACGGAAAUUGUUUAAGCCCUUGUAAGCUCUUGAGUAAACUGGAGAGAGAGGUUCUCUGUCAAAUCAUGCUUCAUGCGGCUGAUAUCAGCAAUGCCUUAAGACCUUGGUCUAUCUGUAAAACUUGGUCUAAUCUGGUCUGCGUUGAGUUUUUUGGACAAGGAGAUGCUGAAAAAGCCUUUGGCUUGCCGAUCUCUCCCAAUAUGGACCGUGGCCAAACAACUCAGGCAACCAUCAGUCUGAAAUUCGGCGAUUACAUAGUGAAUCCCUAUUUUGAGAUAUUUGCUGCCGUGUUCCCUAAAUCUGACAGACUUCUUCAGCUACUAGCCGAAAACAGGAAAGAAUGGGCUAGACUU